GCCCGCGGAGCCCCGCGGAGCCAUGGCGUACAUCCAGUUGGAACCAAUAAAUGAGGGUCUGCUCGCUCGCCUCUCGGAUCUCUUGCUGUGCCGCUGGACCUGCAGGAAUUGCUGUCAGAAGUGUUUUGACUGCAGCUGUUGCCAAACAAAUGAAGAUGAAGUUGAGAUCCUGGGACCUUUUCCUGCUCAGACUCCAGCCUGGCUGAUAAGCAGCCAAAAUGAGGACAAAGAUGGAGACUCUGAUAAUGCAAUCAGCGAGCUGCCUCCCACUCUCCAGGAUGUUUCCCCUGACAGAAGGCGCUCGUCCUCAGACACAUCUCGGUCCACUUACAGCCUCACGCGGCGCAUCUCAAGUCUGGAGUCGAGGAGGCCAAGCUCUCCCCUAAUUGACAUCAAACCCAUCGAGUUUGGAAUAAUUGGAGCUAAGAAAGAAAUAGUUCAGCCAACUAUCCUGCGGAAAACCUACACCCCAGAUGACUAUUUUAGAAAGUUUGAACCAAGGCUGUACUCUCUUGACUCAAACAGUGAUGACAUGGACUCCUUGACAGAUGAGGAGAUCUUGUCCAAGUACCAGCUGGGCAUGCUGCAUUUUAGCACACAGUAUGAUCUGCUGCAUAAUUACCUAAUAGUGAGAGUCAUUGAGGCUAAAGAUCUGCCUCCUCCAAUUUCUUAUGAUGGUUCAAGGCAAGACAUGGCUCACUCCAACCCCUAUGUGAAGAUCUGCCUCCUUCCUGACCAGAAGAACUCCAAGCAGACCGGAGUGAAGCGCAAAACGCAGAACCCGGUGUUUGAGGAGAGGUACACAUUUGAAAUCCCCUUUUUAGAAGCCCAGAGAAGAACUCUGCUUUUAACUGUAGUGGAUUUUGACAAAUUCUCACGCCAUUGUGUUAUUGGCAAAGUGUCAAUGCCCUUGAGCGAUGUCGACCUUGUGAAAGGUGGACACUGGUGGAAAGCCCUUGUGCCUAGUUCUCAGAAUGAAGUGGAGCUGGGAGAGCUGCUAUUGUCACUAAACUACCUACCAAGUGCAGGAAGGCUGAACGUGGACAUCAUUAGAGCAAAACAGCUUCUUCAGACAGACAUGAGCCAAGGUUCAGAUCCCUUUGUGAAAAUUCAGCUCGUUCACGGAUUGAAAUUAACAAAAACCAAGAAGACCUCCUGCAUGAGGGGCACCAUAGAUCCCUUCUACAACGAGUCCUUCAGCUUCAAGGUUCCACAGGAGGAGCUGGAGAAUGCCAGCCUGGUGUUCACAGUGUACGGGCACAACGUGAAGAGCAGCAACGACUUCAUUGGCAGGAUUGUCAUCGGGCAGUACUCGACGGGCGCGCCCGAGUCCAACCACUGGCGCCGCAUGCUGAGCGCGCACCGCACGGCCGUGGAGCAGUGGCACAGCCUGCGCUCCCGCGAGGACUGCGACCGCGUCUCGCCCGCCUCCCUCGAGGUGACAUGAGCCGGGUGACCGACGGCAGCCAGAGCGGGCGGGCGGACGAGAUAAGAACCAAACCGACCACUGAAGCACCCCAACUCAUCCCUGCGCGCACCCCACGGCAGCUCCGUCGGAUUCGUGCUGGCACCCG